UGGGAUAGGAAAGAAAGAGAGGAAGAACAGGACUUCUGGGAUAGGAAAGAAAGAGAAGGAGAGAAGAUGGGGAGGAAAAAGAUCCAGAUAGCACGGAUUAUGGAUGAACGUAACAGACAGGUGACAUUCACCAAGAGGAAGUUUGGCCUGAUGAAGAAGGCAUAUGAGCUGAGUGUUCUGUGUGACUGUGAGAUCGCCCUCAUCAUCUUCAACAGCACCAAUAAAUUGCUCCAGUAUGCCAGCACUGACAUGGACAAGGUCCUGCUCAAAUACACAGAGUACAACGAACCUCACGAGAGCAGGACUAACUCCGACAUUGUGGAAGUGAGUCCCACACACUGUAUUGCAGACUAGUUCACCAACAUGGUUUCACUGGUGGAAAUGUGAUUGAAAAGCAGUAGACACUCAGGCCCAUAAGGACUGGUUACAAGUCAAAACUUCAGUUGGUUGAAUGAACAGCUAGUGUAAUACAGCUAGUGUAAUACAGCUAGUGUAAUACAGCUAGUGUAAUACAUGUGUGUGUGUGUGUGUGUGUUUGGCUAAGGAAUCAGGGAGGCUAACAUGUGCAUGGCUGAGUCUCAGUCGGCCAGCCUGGAGUUAUGCAAUGGUGUUAGGAGAACAAGUCUGGUGUCUCCUCACACACACAUGUCCAACGUCCCCAUUCAACCCUCUUCAGGGCCAGCCAUCGGACCAUGGUCCAUGUGACCGAGGUCAGAGGUUAGGGGUCAGGGGUUAGGUAUCAGAGUUCAAAGGACAGGUGCGUUGGAUUUAGUCUCUGGAUCGCUGACGGGAAUCUGUAGCGGCUUGGAGGACAGUGGUUCUGCUCUUCCAGUGAAAGAUGUGUGUUCCAACACAGGCCAUGAGCCUCCCAUUGGGAGUAGUGGGAAAACAGGCUGAGCUUGAUAGAGUGCAGAGGGGGAUGUUUCUGUGUGGGAAUGGGGAAAGUAUAAGAUAUGCAGCCCAGUAUUGGGAAUAUUCCAUUGGUUCCAUUGUAAACCAGGCAAACUAAAUAAAUCAAGCACUGCUCAAAUAUUCCACAUUUAAAAUGAGUCUGGUGGUCGAUACUGUAUGUCAGAGGUCCAUAAGGGGGUGGUUUUGGCCUGAUAGCUGAUGUCCCUCUCCACCUGUCCCACUUUUUGGUCAGUCAGCCAGCAGCAGCAUAUAAUCUAUGUUAAUCUACUGUAAUCCUAUCACUCAUUACUAUAAUCUCAAUAUGCUCUUCCUAAUCCCUCUCAACAAAUGUCCUCUCCUCUCCUCUUUCCUCGCUGACCCCUAGUGUGUAGGUGUCUUCUGGAAGACAGAUCAAUGAUGAUGGGUCUUUUCCUCCUCUGUCACUUUUG